AUGGUCGACAUCCUCCCCCUAAGCAGCUACCCCUCGUACAUCGACCUCCUCCCCUCCAUCCAAACCUGCAACAUCACCAACCUCCCCGAGAACUACUUCCUGAAGUACUACCUGUACCACGCGCUGACCUGGCCGCAACUGUCCUUCGUGGCGGUCGUGCGGCCCAAGAACGGGUACAGUAAGCAUGGCGGCAGCGACAGCUACCCCAAGGUCGUCGGCUACGUGCUGGCCAAGAUGGAGGAGGAGCCCACGGACGGGGUCGCGCACGGCCAUAUCACCUCGCUGAGCGUGAUGCGCACGCACCGCCGGCUGGGGAUCGCGGAGCGGUUGAUGCGGAUGAGUCAAAGAGCAAUGGCCGAGUCCCACCGCGCGCAAUACGUCUCGCUGCACGUGCGCGUCUCCAACACCGCCGCCCUGCGCCUCUACCGCGACACCCUGGGCUUCCAGGUCGAUUCCGUCGAGAGCAAGUACUACGCCGACGGCGAGGACGCCUACGCCAUGCGCAUGGAUCUGUCGGAUAUGUGGGUCGACUGGGCCAAGAUCGAGCGCGAGGACCGCGAGCGCGCCGCCAAGGAGGAGAAGGACGGCGAUGAGGGCGAGCCCGUCGGCGAGCUGGGCAAGGCCGACGACGGCGACAAGAAGGAUCAGGAGAAGAUGGUGCGCGUCAAGGUCGGCCGCGGGUUGGGGGUCGGCGAUCUGGUCGAGAAGAAUGAGGCGGCGCAGGCGAGUAACUAG